AUGUAUUUUGAUAAGGAUAACUCCACAAGUCCUCGGCCGUUACUGCCAACUGAUGAACAGAAGCUAAACAUUGACCUAUUGACAAAAAGGGGGAAGCUGUCACAUCUAACCACUGAUUAUGGUACAAAAACUACUCCACAAAGAAGUAGUUCGAAUAGAAAUGUCGGUGAUUUACUUUUGAAUAAAGAAAGGAGUGCUAAACCAAUGAUUCAAAAAGCCUUGACCAACACAGAUAAUUUUAUUGAAAUGUAUCGGGGCCAACAAAAAAAAAUCGAUGAUGGAACUAUCAAAGAAGUAAUGAUUAAUGAUGAAAACGGGAAAACUGAUGCAAAUUCCAAUGGCCAUAGCUAUAGUAAUAAUUAUGACAGUAACGAAAUUAACGAUCAGAGAACUUUAGAUAACAUGAUAGGGAGUUCUAAUAUUGAAAAAGAUGAAAACAAAACGAAAAGUGAGAACGAAUCUUUAACCCAGAAACCAGCUUCUGCUAAAGAAUCGCUUAAAAGUAAGAAGAGUGUAAUAAAAAAGGGAAUCAAAGACUUCAAGUUCGGCAGUAUAAUUGGCGAUGGUGCAUAUUCUACUGUAGUAUUAGCCACAUCCAUCGAUACCAAGAAAAAAUAUGCUGCAAAAGUACUAAACAAAGAAUACUUGAUACGCCAAAAAAAAGUGAAAUAUGUUAGUAUAGAAAAAACAGCUUUACAAAAGCUGAAUAAUUCACUCAGUGUUGUACGAUUGUUUUCUACUUUCCAAGAUGAAUCAAGUUUAUAUUUCCUCUUAGAAUAUGCGCCCAACGGGGACUUUCUUUCUUUGAUGAAGAAAUACGGUUCAAUAGACGAAAACUGCGCUUGCUAUUACGCUGCGCAAAUAAUAGACGCAAUUGACUAUUUGCAUUCCAAUGGUAUCAUUCAUAGAGAUAUCAAACCAGAAAAUAUUCUACUAGAUGAAGAAAUGCGAAUCAAGCUAACUGAUUUCGGUACUGCUAAGUUACUGAGUCCCACAAGUAACAGUGUUUCUAAACCAAAAUAUGAUUUAUCAACAAGGUCGAAGUCCUUUGUUGGAACCGCAGAAUAUGUGUCUCCAGAAUUGUUGAAUGACAGUUUCACUGAUUAUCGUUGUGAUAUUUGGGCCUUUGGAUGUAUACUUUUUCAGAUGAUCGCUGGAAAACCACCAUUCAAAGCUACCAAUGAAUAUUUGACUUUCCAGAAGGUAAUGAAAGUUCAGUAUGCAUUUACACCAGGCUUCCCACUAGUUAUUAGAGAUUUAGUCAAGAGAAUCUUGGUAAAAAAUUUAGAUCAAAGACUUACGAUAAACCAGAUCAAGGAACAUUAUUUUUUUAAAGAUAUGAACUUUAAAGAUGGUACUAUUUGGUCAAAAGCACCUCCUGAUAUCAAACCCUAUAAGAUAAAUGCUAAAUCUAUGCAGGCAAUGCCAACCAUGUGCGAUAAAAAAUUAGUGAAAAAACCAAUCAGCACACUCGCUAAAUCGCAUUACGCAUCUCCAAGAUUGGCUUCAAAUCCCUCUCUAGAGGGAGCUGCCCAUUCAAAUUUAUAUAGUAACAAUACCCAUGCCUCUACUGAAAGCGAGAUAUUAUUAAAAAAAAGGCCCACCGACGAAAGAACAGCACAAAUUCUUGAAGUUGCAAGAAAGGGUAUAAAUAAUAGGAAAAACCAGCCAUGUAAAAGACCCUCAAGUGGCGCUGCUUCGGCCGCCUUAGCUGCUUCGGCCGCCCUAACCAAAAAAGGCAUGCAAAGCUGUCCAACCUCUAGCUCAAAGAAUAGCCGAUCAAGUUCGCCUGCCACAACAUCGAAGUCGGGCAAUUAUAAGUGCACUGCCUCUACGGAAAGUAGGCCAUUUGUUAAAUCUCCCUCCUCUUCGGCAUCCGUUUUAUCGUCAAAAGUUGCAGCGCCUCCAUACACCCCCCCAAUGUCACCCCCUAUGACACCGUAUGAAUCAUAUCAAGCAAGUCCACCAUAUUCAAAAAGAGAUGCAGAUUAUUUUGGUGGUGUGAUGGUAGAACCUAGGCCCUCUAGUAAGCAAAAUGCCACUAAAAUCUUAGAAUCCCCUUUGAUGAAUAAAUACGAUAUAAAAUGGUCCUAUUUUUUGAAAAAUAUCAACGAACAUGUGCUCAGAAUGGAAAAACUAGAUUUUAUUACCGUAAAUUCCGAUAUUUUAGAGAAAAGAGUACUUAAGCUUAAUGGCCAAUUGCUAGAUCCUCAAGUAUUUGGUAAGCCAAGGCAGACUUUUUUAUCCCAGGUGGCCAGGAGUGGCGGGGAUUUUACAGGUUUUCGAAAUGAUCCAACUACGGCAGCGUAUUCUCAAACAGAAAAUAUCUAUUAUCUAAAGAACGUAGUCGAUUUGCAACUCUUGGAAGAUGACUAUCGAAUUGAAGGUGGUGAAUUAUCAGAAUUACUUAUCCACGAAAGCGGAGAAGAACACAAAUCCAAUCUAAAUGACUCAUCGAAAAAGGACGAUGAUAAAUCUGAAUCCAAUGGUAAAGGAAGUUCUGUUUUUUCUGGCAAAUUCAAAAAACUGUUCCAUCCUGCCGUAGCAACCGAUACACUUUCUUCCGCUGAUGGCAAAAACAAGUAUUAUAAACGAACCAUUGUAAUGACAUCUUUUGGACGUUGUAUAGUAUUUGCUAAGAGAAAACAACCAAGUCCGGUUACAAAUUUAAAGUAUGAACUAGAAUAUGAUAUUAAUUUGCGUCAACAGGGGACCAAGAUAAAAGAAUUGAUCAUUCCUUUAGAAUUGGGAACUAACCAUAUGAUUAUAAUUCAAACGCCUUAUAAGUCAUUUCUCUUGAGAACUGACAAAAGAACUACAAGCAAACUGUUCGCUGUUCUCAAAAAAAUUCUCAAUUCUAACACUAAUAAAAUAGAGAAACAAUUAUUGCAAAGAAAUCAAAAAGUAGCGGAAAGACGAGUAUCAUCAUCUGGAAGAACAUUACCUAAAGACCUAUCAAUUUCUCAACCUCCUUCUCCGAAACCCAGGCCACAUAGCCAAUCUCCUUCCAUAUCAAAGCACAAUUCAUUUUCUGAGUCAAUCAACAGUGCUAAGAGCAACAGAUCAAGCAGAAUCUUCGAAACUUUCAUUAGUGCUAAGGAACAAAAUCAAAAAAAACACCCUACUCCGGUACCGUUAACUAGUAAAUUAGUUAAUGGAUUACCCAAGAGACCAGUUGCUAUAGGAUUGGGUCUAAACACAGGUAAUAAUUCCAAAAACCCAUCUGCAAAAUCGAAAAGAUCGUAG